AAAUCUCGGGGGUUGCGGGCUUGUGCCUGCCAUUUUGUGCAUCCCGCGCUUUGAUCGGGUCUGGCCGCUUGGCUUUUGAGCUGCUCCCUCCCUCCCCCGGCUUCUCAGCUUGCCUGCCAACUAACCGGCUACACCAACGGCGCCAUGGCAUCCAAGCAGAUCCUCGAGAAGCUCAUCUCCGGCCAGGAAGCCGCCCACCUCGUCGUGCUCCAAGAUACCACCAAGCAGUCCCAUCUGCCGAUCUUGCACGCCUUCCUGUCGAGCUCAAUCUCCCGGAAGCACGGUCUCGUCCUGGUCUGCUUGCAGGACCCGCCUGCUCGGCUGCUGCCGCUGCUGGGCAGCUAUGCAAAUGCAGUAUGCAUCGACCUAUGUUCUCAGCUCCCGUCUUAUGCGGCUUCCACCAAGCCUGGCCCACAGUUCGGCAGCGUCAAGAUUCGGCCUGCACUGCCAUCGGAACUAGGGGACGUGCUCGCAUUGGAGCUGAAGCAACUCGAGUCGCCCAAAACCACUGUCCUGUUCGACAGUUUCAAUCCUCUGCUCGACUGGAUGCCGCUUUCUCUCAUCGCCGCCACGGUGAAGAAUCUGGCGUUCUGUACGAACGAUUCAUGUCGGGUUGUCCUGCCGAUACACACCGACUCGCUUCCGGAGACCAAAACGCUGCUCUCCAUCGAGUCGAUCCUCCAUCAGCACAUGAGCACCCACAUCAAGAUUCUCCAUCUCAAAACCCACCUGAAAGCCAUCAGCGAUCCGUUCGACAAGAGCAUCAAGCGAAGCCAGCUGGAGUUCCAAUCGGUCGAUGCCAAUGCCCUGGAGUUCAUUGUCGACCUUGAGUGGCGCAAACGAUCGGGCAAGGCCAUCAACGAGUUGUCGCUUGUCAGGUGCGGCGAGGCCAGCAGCAUCACAAUCUCAUCUGCGGACCACCUGAAGCCUGCUCCGACACCAGAUGCGGUCCAGCCCAACCAGUCGACAAAGAGUGACCCGACGGCCAACCUGUCCUUCAAUCUGACGCUGACGGAUGAGCAGCGCCAGGCCAAAGACCAGGUCGUAUUGCCAUAUCUGGAGGCCCAGCAUGAAAGCGAGUCGACUGGAGGCACGAUCCACUACGACCCGGACGAAGACGAUGACUUUGACGAAGAGGAUCCCGACGCAGAUCUGGAUAUCUAGUUUAUUGUGACAAUCCCGGUCUGUCGGUC